AUGUGUGAAUCGGUAAAUCCCACUUCAACACAUUCCGUCUCCAGCUCUAAUAAAUCGAAAGAGGAUGUAAAACCCAUCUUUGGAAACAGAUUACUGACAAAUGAAUCUGAUGUGUUUCAGCAUAAUUCAUGGGAUCAUGUUGUUUGGGAUGAUGAGCAAAAGUCUGAAGCAAAAAUGAAAACAAUCGAACAAGCAGCAAAUGCUCUUUCCCUGGAAGAACAGGAAAAAUUUGAGAACAAAGCUGAUGAAUAUUGGGAUGUUUUCUAUAAUAAUCAUAAAAAUAAAUUUUUUAAAGACCGGCAUUGGCUGUUUACAGAGUUUUUUGAAUUGAAUUGUAAACAUUUUGAUCAAGAACAUCAAUCACCUGAUACGAGUUUAACAAAAGAUCAAUGUGAUGUAAGUGUUGAAUUUCCAGGUAAAAAGGCUAAAUACAGAUUCUUGGAAGUAGGUUGUGGUGUUGGAAAUACUGUGUUUCCUGUUAUUGAAACUAAUAAUAAUCCUGAUUUAAUGAUGUACUGUUGCGAUUUCUCAUCUGUUGGAAUAAGCCAUGUUAAAUCUCAUCCAGAUUAUGAUGAAACUAAAUGUCAUGCCUUUGUUUGUGAUGUGUCUGAUCCUAAUUCUCCUUUGCCUUUUCCAGAAUUCUCUUUAGAUGUAGUCAUAUUGAUCUAUGUCUUAUCAGCUAUCCAUCCAGAUAAAAUGCAAACUGUUAUUAAUAGGCUCUGUAGGCAUUUGAAGCCUGGAGGUAUGAUUUUGUUUCGCGAUUAUGGUCGCUACGAUCUAGCACAACUUCGAUUUAAAGAUGGUCGUUGUUUAAGUGAAAAUUUUUAUGUUCGUGGAGAUGGUACAAGAGUAUAUUUUUUUGAACAAGAAGAACUUAAACAUAUGUUUGAAUCUGCUGGUUUGGAAGAAGUUCAAAAUAUAGUAGAUAGACGACUACAAGUAAAUCGUGGGAAAAGGAUAAAAAUGUAUCGAGUUUGGAAUCAGUGUAAAUAUAAGAAACCUAUCCAUGCCGAUACUUGUGAUAUGAAACCAGAUGCUUGUGUCCCACUAAUGUGA